CACCCGAGUGACAUUACAGAGAGAGAGAGGAGUCUCGGGCUGAAACCUGAGCUAGCCGGCUAAUUCUCUGGACUAACCUGAUAUUUAAGACGCGGUAUGUUUACACGUAACGUCCGAGCUGACGUGUAGAGAACACUUCGGAGACCUGCUCAAGUCUAAGCUGCUUUACUACACGGAUAGUAAAAAAGCCGGAGAGGAUUAAAUCCUCCAUCUGUCUGUCAGUCGCUAAACUAGCUGGCUAAGAAAAUGACAAAACUAGCUAGCAGAGAGUCGGAGAGAUAAACACUGGCCUAGCGUGAAAAACCUCACGAUAUAAAGACUUUACUCAGAAUAAAGACCUGCUCGACACGUCGUGACAGUUGAACCUGUGACCUGCACGUAGGACCUGAGGAAAACUCCGGAAAUGGUCAUCAUAAAAAACUCCAUAGGUGUUUGUUUCCUGUAAAAAAAAAAAAAAAAAGAAAGAAAGAAAGAAACAAAAACAAAGGGGCCUGAUGGGUUACAAAACAGAGCCAAAAUGCUCUUGGACUCAGACGAGCACUAUGACGUGUGCACUCACCCUGGUGGAAACGCACGCAGACGAGGGAGUCACGUGCGUACGUCCAACCCUCUGAAAGGCUCCAGACCUUCGCAUAUUCGUAUGGAUACGGAAAUACUGACGUGUUUGCGAGAUUUCUACACGAGAGACUGUUUUCUUCCUCCAGGGAUGAGUUAGGUUCAGAAGUAUGAGCCGGAAGAUCACAAGAGCGCCGUUUUUGUUCUUAAUUUUUUUCAUAAUUGCGAUCUUUUAUUAGACAGACCAUCCCAGAGGGGGACACCGGGGCUCCUGCUCCAGAAGAGACUGUGGCAGAUUUCGUUUCCUGUUCGCUUUGACUCAUCAUUUCCACGAGCCCUCCAUUGUUCCUUAUUGAGUUUUCUUACUUUUUGUUAGUUUUUUUGUUUUAUUUCUUUUUCUUCGGAGGAGGCAGGGGGUGACCUCGUGUUUGACUCGCUUGAUUUUAUGUGUCCUGUGAAACGUAUGCCUUGUUCUUAAGAAAGUGUACUGUUUUGCACCAGUGACUGCUUUGUUCGCUGCUGUUUCUCCUAUGCCUCUCCGAUUUCUGAAACACAGGGCUUAGAAGCGAUUUGCACUAAAAGAACUUUCACUUGAUUUAUUCUUUUUUUAUUCUUUUUUUAAUUAUUAUUAUUUCUGCCAAAAUCGUAUCACCUUCAAGCCAUAUAAAUGUAUAUUUUUCAGACAAAACUAUAAAUCUAUUUUAUCGUGAUCAAGAUCAUAAACUGUAUAAAUGUAUUUUUAUGUAUAAGCACACACAAACACCUGCACUGUGUUCAUCAGAGUGUUUCAUCAUUUCCGAAGCUAUUUUUUUUUUACUUUUUACAUUUGGAUAUAUAAUUUAUAACGCGCGUAUUAUCAUCGUUUUUUUCCACCAGAAGGUAGUUUUUACAAUGACAGUACUUUUCUCUCGUAGCUCCUCCACAAGCGGACGGCGAGCGCUCGUUUUCUGACCCCCUGCAUGCGCUUUUAGCUUAUUUUUGUGUUUUCUCCCCAAUGCCUGCGGGUGUCAGUGUGGGUGGGGCUCUUGGAGACCCCUCCCCUUCCCGGCGAUUCCGUCCCAGUCGCUAUGUGCCAGUGUCCGCAGCGACAGCCUUCCUCGUCGGGGCCACGACGCUUUUCCUGUGCUUCACAUGUCCUUGGCUGGCUGAACAUGUCUCUUCUUCCAUUCCCGUCUACAACAUCGUGGUCUUCCUCUUCACUCUGGCCAACUUUUGCAUGGCUACAUUUAUGGACCCAGGCAUCUUCCCCAGAGCGGAGGAAGAUGAAGAUAAGGAGGACGAUUUCCGGGCUCCUCUCUAUAAGACGGUGGAGGUGAGGGGCAUUCAAGUGCGCAUGAAAUGGUGUUCCACGUGCCGCUUUUACAGACCACCGCGAUGCUCGCACUGCUCCGUGUGUGACAACUGCGUCGAGGAGUUUGACCAUCACUGCCCGUGGGUAAAUAACUGCAUUGGGAGGCGGAACUACCGCUAUUUCUUCCUGUUCCUUUUGUCUCUUACGACACACAUAAUGGGAGUGUUUGGAUUCAGCCUCCUGUACAUCCUGUAUCACACCGAACAGCUGGACAAAGUACACUCCGGAGUCACUAUGGCAGUAAUGUGCAUCGCAGGUCUGUUCUUUGUCCCAGUAGCGGGACUCACCGGCUUCCACAUUGUGCUGGUAGCCAGAGGGAGAACAACAAACGAACAGGUUACAGGAAAGUUCAGAGGGGGUGUGAACCCAUUCACACAUGGAUGCUGUAAAAAUGUGUCUCAUGUGCUCUGUAGCUCACAAGCUCCAAGGUACAUAGGGAGGUUAAAGCAGUCCCAAACCCUUCAGGUUCAGCCUCCGUUUCUGCGGCCUCAACUUUCCGAAGCACAGCUCGCCGCUAAAGUAUUGGACAACGGAAUCCAGCAGUCUAAGAGCAGUCUGGAAGCCAUGGAAAGCCAGUCUACGGACAUCGAGGCACCUCCACCUCCGAAACCAGAGCACAGAUACCAAGGGCUGCCUCACACACACAAUGAAGAGAGCAGUCUCCUGAGUGAAGCUCCACCCACACCGGCGUUAUAUAAAUACCGGCCGUCCUAUAGCAGCCCAGGAAAAAACCACACACAUUCCACACACAAGAUGAAUCGAGGGGACAGUGUGACAGAAUCGCCCUCCGUCCCCCUGUCCACCGGGCACGCCAGCUAUCGCUCGGAGCCCAGCCUUGCGGGCCGGGGGAUUUCUGGGUGGCGUCCAGGAGGGGGAGGGGAGGGAGGCAGAGCAGGCUCGGGGGGACUGGGCGGGCCGUCAGCUCUCGGAGGGCGGUCUUAUCCUUCCUUCACUGACACGAUCCUACACUCGGCGGUGGCCUCGUGCUCCUCCAGCAUCCGCUCGGCUCAGACGACCCACAACGCACUGGGGCCACUGCUGUCCGAAGGCACGACCUCCACUAGCUAUAAAAGCUUGGCCAAUCAGACACGGAAUGGCAGCCUGUCCUACGACAGUCUGCUGACGCCCUCGGAGAGUCCGGAGUUCGAAUCGGCUGCUCCAGAGCUGUCUCCGCCCAGGCCGGUGCCCCCGCGCUCGCUCGGCUCUACCCCCGCAGCUCCUCCAGCCCUCAUGGGUUACACCUCGCCGUUCUUGUCCGCUCAGCAGAGGGAGGGUUCUCUCCAGGCCUGCCCUGCCCCCCUAAGACCCUCCCCCAAUAGACCUUUCCUGCGCCCAACAAGCCCACCCCCUUCUCGAGCUCCGCCCCUGUCUCCUCGCGCUCGCUCUUUGGGUUCGCCACCUCCGGGCCCCGCCCCAGGGAGCAUGCCUAUGGGCAAAUCCUUAUCCUACGCAGGCGGAGCGGAGUUACGGCAAUGCUCAAAUAACACAGGGGGUGGGACUUCCACAUCAAACUCUAGGCAGAAACUGACCAACCACAGCAGCCACGCGCACAAACCUGGCGGUGGCGUGAAGAAAGUGAGCGGCGUCGGAGGAACUACCUAUGAGAUUUCAGUAUAAGUGCGUUGUUUUUUUUGUUUUGUUUUUAAAAACGACGCACAGGAUUGACUCGUGUCUCCUGCCUCAAGGACGACCAGAGAGCAGAUCAUCCAUGUAAGACGAUGUAUCCACAGUAUGAAAAAUGCACGGGAGGGGAAAAAAUGCAAAAAAAACAAACAAAUACAUUUAUCUUUGAAAGAAGAACGCUACAAUCUGUGGAUUAAAGGAUAAAGAACCUGAAUAGAAAACACAAAACUCCAUGAUAUUUUAUUAUUGUUGUUUUUAACAUAUUUAAAUUAAGAUCCACAGAGGCCGUUCCAUCCAGGCCGGAGUUGCCAACCUUGCUGUAUGAACGAUUAUUCAAAGACUCAAGACUUUUAAAAAAAAUCACAACUUGUGUUUUUGUUUUUCUCUCAGUACUCGGACCUUUAUUUUUCUUGUAUUUUUUAAUGUUUCUUUUUCCUAAUAUUAUUUUAUACUGGUACUGAUACAGUAUAUUGUAAGAUUUAUUGAAUAUGUUUGAUAGAAGCGCCAAUAAUAGUAGCACGUAGGCACUGCUUUUGAGGGGAGGGGGGUUUAUUAGUUGUUUUUCUUUUUUUUUGAGUGUGUUUUACUUUUUGUUUGUUUGUUUGUUUGUUGGAUUGUAAUAGACGGCUGCAUCAGCCAGUCAGAACUUGAGCUGGAGUUCACCGCCAAAGAGACAAGUGUAGUCAGGGACCUGCUUUUGACAGACAGCACACUUGGCAAAAUGGAGUGAAUGUAACGUCUGUAUCAUUACAGCACAAAAUGUGGACACUGUACAUAUUUUGUGCGAGACAAGGGUUCCUUUUGUUUUGUCCAUCAAUCAGGAAGGAGCCUUUUUUUUUUUUUUUUUUUAAGCAUUGGCCAGAGGAAAAGUGCUCUGGUCUUGUGUUAGUAGUACAUGCUGGAUGCUCUGUACGCCAUGUUCUUUAUUUUAUUUUUAUUUUAUUUUUAUUUUAUUUUUUAUAGACAGUGGUUACGGUUCAGAGCUGGAUGAUAAGAUUUUUCUGACCAUUAUCACUUUGAGGUUUGAUUGCUGUAUGUGUGUGGGGGGGGAGCAUGGAGAAAAUGGCAGAGAAACAAUUUUUGAUGUCUCAAACUAUUCUACUAGAGCACAUUCCAGCUUUGAACCUCUCCAGAGACUCUGCUAAGAAGUGUGUAUAUGUGUGUGUUUGAAUGAAUGAGUGAGCGAGUGAGAGGCGAAAAGAUAUUAACUACUCAUUACGUUCAAGUUCAGCUUUGAGGUCUGAGGACCAGAGACGUAAAAAGAGCUUAUGCAGUGACACACACACACAUACACACACACGCAAGUAUUUUUACUGAUAACUUUUUUGUCAUUUCCACCACGGCCUUAUGAAGCCUUUUUAACUGUAAUUUUCCUGCACGUGUUAACAGGACACGAGGAUGAGGUUUAAAGGGGUGGAGGUCUUUUUUUUUUUUUUUUUUUUUUUUUACCUGUCUGUAUUCCUUUAAUGCAGGUGACACUGGGUCACAUGAGCCAACACAUUUCCAACAGAACAAUAAAGAAUAUUACAACA